AUGAAACCAAAAACGAUUGCCUUCGCGUCUUUGCUAGUGGUUACAAUUUCUUUAGUACAAGGACUUCCCAGGAGUCACAGAUUUAAGCCUGUUGUGAAUCUUAAUCCAGAAAAGGUGACGACAACACAGAAGCCUAUUGAAGUACGAAAAAGCACACUUUUCCCCAAGAACACCAAAAAGUAUGUGAUAACGGAUAAACCACUUCCUCGGGUGACUGCUCCAUCUUCGUAUAAAUAUUUUCUCGCAAAAAGACCUUUAAUGCUUAAAUUCGAGCCAACAUCAUCAUUUUUGAGAAACGGGCCCGCCGUACCCCAUCAAUCUCUGAUGAAAAAAGUAAACUUUGUAGUAUCGACUCCUUCUCCAUACGAAAAGAAUUCCAAGAAAUCCUAUUGGGACAAUCAGCGUCCUAUUCACAUCAGAAACAACAAAACUACCGAAGAUAACGUUGUCAACAAUACGAUGCCACGAAAACCUAACGAAAAUAAGGAUAAAAUUACUGCUCAACCACAGCUAAAUAUUAUGAACACAACCAUGAGUACCAAGGCACCUAAAAAUGAAACAAGGGAAAUAAUUUUGCUACCCAUUAAUGAACAAGAGUUAAAAUCUAAUCCGAACGCAAUUGCCGAUGAAGUAAGUGAUAUUAUAGCAUUCGUAAACAAACUGCAUGAAACAAAGGAAAAUAUUUCAAAAAUUGGAUCUACUACACAACAACCUAUUGAUAAAAGAACGUUGAUACAUCCUACGAUGCAACCAUCAACUAAAGUAACAGAGAGUUCUUUGGCUUAUCCUACCCAUGAACAUACAACAAUAAAAAACCAAGAUAAUGGUCGCAAGCAAACACCCAAUGAAGACGUAAUACAACCAAAUAGUUCUUCCACUACAGAAAAAACUGCAAAAACUUUAUCACCAGUACAGAAAGACACAAUAACAAAAAGUUAUUCCGUAAAAGGUAAUAAAGAUGAAACAAAUGAAACCGCGCCAGAAAUUGUGUUCAUACCAGUAAAUAUAAGUGAACUUAAAUCACACCCAGAUUUAAUAGCAGAAGAGGUUAAACAUGUCGUCAAUGAUAUUUCAAAACAUGCCUCACAAGUAACUCAAAGUACUACCGUUAGUACUACAGUUGCCAGUAUCAGUAGCUCUCCUACUACUUCUAUGGUAACAACUACUGCUUCAGAAAAGGCCACGCCAGUAACUAUGGGAUUGGAUGAACCGGAAAUCAUAAUUAUAGGUAAAGGUAAAAGUUUUCCUUCAAGUAAUAGCAGCAGUGAAGACCGCCAAAACCCUAAUGACGAUGUCGAAAACGUGAUUUACCUUCUUUCAAACAAAAAUUUAAAUAAAUCAAGUAAUAGUUUAACUACCAAACAGUUUUCGUAUCCUGCUGUGGACGCAAAGGACGUUCAACCAAAUAACUCAUUCAUUACCAAGGGCCUGACGACUACACCUUUAACACCGAUACAGAAAGAAACAAUAACUGAAAGUUAUUCCCUAAAAGGUAACAAAAAUGAAUCUUCAGCUCCGGAAAUCGUUUUUAUACCGGUGGAUUUAAGUGAUCUUAAAUCACAUCCUAAUUUAAUAGCAGAAGAAGUUAAAAAUACCGUCAACGAAAUUAAAAAACAUACUUCAACAGUGUCUGAAAGUAGUACUACUACAACGGUUGCUAUUACCAGCACUUCUACUAAUCCUUCGAUAACUACUACUCCUACGGUAACCACGCAAAUACCAAUGGGACCCGAAGAACCAGAAAUCGAAAUUACUGCUAAAGGUGAGCAUUCUCCAUCAAGUAACAAUAGUAAAUACAGCCAAAAUCCAGACGAUGAUGUUAAAAACAUAAUUUAUCACACGCCUGUUUUACAUGAUUCAAAUAACGAUGUAACAACUGAAACAUCUACAAAUGUUGCUAUUAGUUCCGCUAAUAACUCUUCGCCAGAAAUAUUGUUUAUACCGGUCAAUCUAGAUGAGCUGAAAUCACAUCCAAACUUGAUAGCAAAUGAGAUGAAGGAUAUUAUCGAUAACAUUAACAGGCAUCCGCCCAAAAUUGAUAUUACUACUACCACUAGUACAGUAACUAAUGAAGCAGCUACUGUUUUAACUACUAUUACCCCGGCUACUACUAGUACAACUACCACAACUUCUACUCCGGUGAUCGAAAACAGCGUAAAUAAUCAAAACCCAAAUACUGAGGUAACUACUGAACAAUCAGAAGCAACUCCCAAAGUCGAUAAACCCAUUACAUCUAGCUCGUCUCAUGAUAUGAUAUUUUUACCAGUUAAUUUAGCUGAUUUAAAGGCACACCCAAAUGCUAUAGAAGAUGAAAUCAAGGAUGUGGUAAAUCUAAUAAAUGAUAACCCCAAUAAUAAGAAGAAAAGUGAAACAACGGCAACCCCCUCACCAAAGAUUAAAGAGGUUGUUCCAAAUACAACGCCUCGAGAAUAUAAAAUAAUUACGAGCACUUCGGAACCCUUAAGUAAGCAUAUGUCAAAUCCUGAGAGUAUUGUUCCCGUUGGAAGUUCUGACAAACAAAUAUCACCAGAAAUUAUUUUUAUACCGGUGAAUUUGAAAGACUUUGAAUUACAUCCUAAUGAUGUAAAUGAUGAGAUUCAAGAUAUCGUGAAUAAUAUGGAUAAACCUAAAUCAAGCGAUGAGACAAACUUAACGGAUAAAAGUCUGACAACAAUGAAUAAAGAUCACACAACAGAAAGUUCAAGAAAUCUACUUCCAAUGCAACUAGAUGAUAAACCAAUGAAAAACGAAUCCAAGAAUAUGAUGGCAACUGAAAACUCGCUACCUACAAGUGAUAUGCUUACGGGAAGGUCUUCAACUCAAGCUGAUUUCCAGUCAUCGACAAUUUCUUUAGAUGACAUAACGACUGAAAAUGCUCACAGUAAAGAAAAUGUUACGGCCGAAAAACCCCCCGAAGUUGUCUUCAUUCCUGUAAAUUUGAAUGAUCUUGAAUCAAAUCCCGCAAUUGCAGAUGAAGUACGAGAUAUCGUUGAUUUUAUGAAUAAGCUUCACCCACAUGAUAACAAGGUCACAGCAUCACUAGAUCCUCAAAAAAAUACACCGCAAGAAAGUGAUUCACCAAAAUCAACGGGUAAAGUGACACAUAAUGUUUCAUCCAUGCCAACAACGCAAAUUUUGUCAACUACUUCUACGUCUGAAAGUUCUGUUAGAAAAUAUUCCCAAAACUUGGAAACAGACGCAACAACCGAAUCUCUCGUAAAAUCUUCAAGUGAUGCCAGUCUUACUCCGAGCAAGGAAGAUCACGUUACUACAGAGAGCUUACAGCGAGAAAUUGUCUUCAUACCAAUAAAACUUGAAGAACUUAAAUCAAAUCCUGAUUUAGUAGCGGAUGAAGUAAAAGAUAUUGUUAAUUAUAUGAAUGAAAAAGACAAAACUAACAAUAACACGACUGAACAAUAUACAACUGAGAAGGACAUAUCAUCAAUCAAAACUACAUCUGAGAUACCCGCUGACACCACAACAUUAAAAACUUCUACAAUUACUGAAACUACUGACAAUAUCGUGACACCAAAGUAUAUAAUUAUCGAACCAAUAGAAGUAACUGCCCUGAAAGAUGAAGAUGAAAAUGACAUAUAUGUGGGAAACAUCUUACGCAGACCAAAAGUUACCAACAAGCAAAACGACAAUGAAAAAAAUAAAGGUGCGAAUAAAAGCGGAAGAUCAAACUCAAUAAGCGAUGAUAUUUCAGAUGUUAUUUAUGUUAUUAAGAAAAACAAGAAUAACACGUAA